AUGGCGGUGUCUACGUCGAGAUUGAGUAGAAUGGCGGACCUUCAGGAAUCGUCUUCGAGGAAAUGGAAAGAACAAAGAGAAAUGAGCCCGGAGACGAAUAAAAUGUGGACGGAACCUCCAGAUUGUAAGAUCAAAUCUCAAAGAAAAGUUUCUGUUGUUUAUUACCUCUGUAGAAAUGGGCAACUCGAGCACCCCCAUUUCAUGGAGGUUACUCUUUCUUCUUCUGAAGGUCUCUAUCUUAAAGAUGUGAUCAACCGUUUGAACUUUCUCCGAGGAAAAGGCAUGGCCGCUAUGUAUUCCUGGUCUUGCAAGCGGAGCUACAAGAAUGGAUUUGUGUGGCAAGAUUUAGCUGAGAAUGAUUUUAUCUACCCAGCUCACGGCCAAGAGUACGUUCUCAAAGGAUCGGAACUACUUGAGAAUCCAUUUCUCGAAACUGCGCCGCCGCCGCCUCCAACCGUCGGCGUCCUAGAUUCACGGAGGAUGGAGAGGCGACUGCGAAACCAGUCCUGCAGUUCUAUCGAUUUCAACUUGCACGAGUACAGUGCAUACAAAGCAGAGUCCUCAGUCAGAGCCGUCGUCGACGGCUCCACUCAAACCGACGACAACCGUCGCCGCCGGCGAUCCAUGAGAGAAGCAGAAGAGAAGAGUAAAGGGCAGGAACCGAGCCAGAAUCAAAGCAGAGAAGAGAUCGAGAUCUCACCACCGCCGUCCGAUUCCAGCCCGGAAACUCUGGAAACAUUAAUGAAAGCCGAUGGUCGGGUGAUCCUACGUCCAGAAACAGUCAACGAAGACCCAGCGGUCAACAAUCAAAAAGCCAGAAUAUCAUCAUCAUCAGUUCUGAUGCAAUUAAUAUCUUGCGGUUCCAGUUCAUUUAAGGAUUGUGGGCCCACACAUCGAUUGAAUUUGAUUUCUCAGUACAAAAUGAGACUGCCACGUGGCUUGGAACCUAACGGGUUAACUGGAGGAAUGGGAAGAGUGAAACUACAGGAUAAAGAGUACUUCAGUGGGAGCUUAGUAGAGACCAAAAAGGAAGAAUUUCCAGCCCUUAAAAGAUCUUCAUCUUACAAUGCAGAUAGGAGCUCACAGUUGGAACUACAAGAGAAAGAGAUGAAGGAAGUGACAGCAAAAUGCAUACCAAGAAAGCCAAAGAACCAUUCUGCUAGAAAAGAACUCAACAACGACCACUAA